AUGAUUUUCAAGACACUAGAAGAAGCUGGAAAGUUCUACAAACAUUGUUCCAAACUUGCUGGUUUUUCUACCAAAAUAAGAAACACAACUCGGGACGGAGACAAGAUUAAGAAUCAACUAAUUGUAUGUUCCAGAGAGGGGAUGCGAAAAUCAAAGAUAUCUCCAACUUUGAAGACAAACCCUUCAGCUGGAUUAAAUUGUCCAGCCAGAAUUUAUGUGCAGAUAAUGAAGGAUAUUAGUCUUUGGACAAUUUCCAAAGUUAUUUUGAAUCACUCACAUCCUUGUUGUGCAGACCAGGCUGAGAUGCUCAAACAACAUAGGGAGCUUAGCAUGUUCGUGCGUCGCACCAUCGAAACCUACGAGGAAGCCGGAAUCAGACCGAGCAAAACUUACCAAUCAUUUGUGGCAGCAGCUGGCAGCCACCGUGAACUAGGUUUUAUAGAAAAAGAUAUCAGAAAUUACAUCACAAGGGAAGUACGGAAUAUUUCCGAAGAAGACGAUGCCAAAGAAUUUGGCAAGUACCUAGUUAGAAUGAAAGAGAAGAACUAA